UCAGUUUAGUUCAAUUCAGUUCAGUUCAGUUCAGCUUCAAUAAGUUCAAUUCAGUUCAGCUCAGUUCAACUCCAAUAAGUUCAGUUCAGUUCAGCUGUUUUAUGCCGAAGAGAAUAGGCCCUUACCUUUCAAAACGUUUCUUUUUUUUUUGUAAAAUCCUACCUUUUGCCAGAGUUGGAUGGUUGACCAAAAAUUUAGCGUUGACCCAUCACAUAACUUGCACGUCACAUUUAAAGCUGCCUAAGUCGAAGGGUAAUUGAAAAGAUAAUUUUGGGUAAGAGGGACCUUUUAGGGUUUUAAAUGAUUCUCAAUUAGGGUUUGAGUUUGUUGAUUUUUGUUGAGAGAAAUUUUGGAGUUUUACUAGGAUAAAGAAGAAAAUAUGAUAAAAGUUGAGUUGCAACUUAAUUAGCGACAUAGUAAUGAUUGGUUCCGCAUUCCGGCGAAAGCUUGAAAAAAAAAUCAUCAAAUUAAAUCAGAAGAAUAACGCACAAUUUGAAACAGCUCAGAGUGAUAAUGUUAAUGGAGGAUUAGGUUGAGGAAACAAAUGUAAAAAUAAAUUAGUAGUAGUAGAUGGAGGAAGAUCGAAAAAUUUUGGAUCAGGGUAUUUUUAUUGAGGAAAAAGGUAGUAUUUAGCAAAAUUUUUUAUAAGCUAUUUUUUCAUAAGAAACGAAAUUUAUAUUUCCCCUCAAAAAAAAAGGAAAUUUAUAAGGUAUACCAAAUUAACCAAGGGAGAAAUAGUGAAAUUAGGUAAUUUUGAAAUGUCAUAUGCAAGUCACGUGAUGGGUCAACGCCGGUUUUUGGUCGACCAUCCAACUCCGGCAAAAGGUAGGAUUUUACAACACUUUUUUUAGAGGUAGUAUUAAUAACUUUUUGUAUAAGGUAAAUUUUUGGAAAAAACGAAAUAUAAUAAGGUAGUUUAUGGAAAAAAAAACUCUAAAUUGAAUAAUGACAACCACAAAGGACAACAAAGGAAAACCUAUAUUUUGCCAUUUUGAUGUCAUUAUCUCUAUUAUAUAAGGGAAUGUGGGAGCUAUGGUAUCUCCUAGAGAUGACCACUGGUGAGGACUAGGUGGGUCGGGCUCUCAUGGUACAGAUCAAUACCGUAAAAUCAUGGUUUGGACGGGCUGGUCCACGGGCUGAAAAAUCUUGGUCCACAUCGGUCUGUUACUGAUUUUCACAGUUCGGAAAACGGUUCUAGCGUUUCGUGGACCUAGUAGGCUGGAGCGAGCUGACGGGCCGACAUGAGAAUUUUUUAUUUUUUACUAAAUUAUUUGAUAUUAUUACAUAAAAUCUUUAAAUUUAACUAAAAUAUAUAUAAUUAUUAAUAUGAAUGAAUAAUUUCAUUAAUAUUAAUAAUUAGGAUAGUUCUAUCUCAACCACUUAUUUAAUUCCUAACCACUACUCCCUUCAAAAAAAAAUUCCUUACCACUAUCUGACAAAAGUUGUUCGUCCACCUUGUGACAUUCGGGUACUAAUCUAAUUUUUAACCACUAUCUAACAUUUGGAAUUAGGAUAGUUCUGUCUUAACCAUUUAUCUGAUUAUCAAAAAGAAAAAGUAAAAUAAAAUAGGAAAAUUAUGGUUUAUAGAUGGAUCUAAUUCCUGGUGAAUAAGUGGUGCUGUAGACAUUUACCCACUGCGGUGCUGCGUACUUCGGAUUCAGUGUUCCUCGAAUUCGAAAAUCUUAUACAUCCACCACUAGGACAUACGUCUAUCUAAAAAAAUGUAUCCAAGCGAAGCACAUGAUGAGGUGAAAAAUCUAGUUCAUGACGAUGAAGUUGAAGAACUCAAGCAAUGUCUUCCAAAGGACUAUAUUAUUGGCGAUCUUGAAAUAGUGAAAUACCAGGGCUUUUGGUGUUUUGCUGAUACUAAUAUGUUCAAGAGUAUUCUAAUGUUUCAAAGGCACUUUCAGGCUAGAGAAAGUGAUCUCAUUGUUGCAAGUUUCCCAAAAACCGGCACAACAUGGUUAAAAUCUAUACUCUAUAGUGUUGUAAAUCGUUUCAAGCACCCUAUUAAGCAAAGUCCUUUGCUUACUAACCAUCCACAUGAGCUUGUAUGUCGUCUAGAAUAUGAUAUCUAUGGAGAUGCAUUUGACUACCCUCGCCCACAUCAUCUUAGUGAGCUCCCUUCUCCUAGACUUUUUCACACCCAUUUGCCCUACGUGACCCUUCCGGAAUCUAUCAAGGUUUCUGGGUGUCGAAUUUUGUACAUAACUCGGAAUCCAUUGGACACACUUGUAUCGAUGAUGUACUUUGCAAUGAAGCCACUAAAGGAAUUAGUGGGAGAAGAUGUCGAGUUGCCUAGUAUCGAGUAUUACUUUGAGGAUUUUUGUGAAGGGAAACCUGGUCCUUUUUUCGAGCAUGUAAUCGAAUACUGGAAGCAGAGUUUAGAACAGCCAAAUAAGGUGUUAUUUCUGAAAUAUGAGGAGUUAAAAGAGGAUCCCAUAUUGCAUCUAAAGAGGGUUGCUGAAUUUGUGGAUAUGCCAUUUACAGAAAUCAAGGAAAGUGAAGGUGUCAUAGAAGAAAUAAUAGAGUUUUGUAGCAUCAACAAUCUCAAAGAAUUGGAAGGAAAUAAGAAUGGAGUCAUCAAUAAAAUUUAUGAUAAAAAAAGUUAUUUUAGAAAAGGAGAGGUGGGAGAUUGGACUAAUCAUAGUAUCACACCUGUCAUGGUGGAAAAGAUGAAGAAGUUGAUGCAAGAAAAACUUGAAGGCACUGGAUUAUCAUUUCAACUACUUCCUCUGUUCCUCACUAAUAGUUUGAUGGUAAUUGGUAAGUAUAAGUUAUAUUCAUUAAUGUUAUCCUAGUCAGCUAACUAAUUGUAAAAGUUAGUUACAGCUUUGGUAAUUAUAAAUACCAGUUGUUAGAGAAGAAACAACUUGAGUUCUUAUUUUCUAUACUUUCUUCUUCUGUAUUCAAUCUCUCUCUAUGAAAUACAAUGAAGUUAGUUUUUCUUC